CUGUACUGGCAAUACAUGUGCGACACGUAGAACCGGUACAGUGGGUGCAGUGAUAGAGUGAGUGUAGGUCUAGUGCUGUGCAGUAUUUGGAUUGACAACAUUGACGGCCAUUGCUGUGAUCGCAGCCAUCAUUGUUUGCUUCGCCAUCUCUGACAACACAUUGACUGACACUAAUGGCCGACAUUCAUGACGACCAGAUCCUAGAAGUGCAAGAAGUGGAGAUCGAGGCCAUCCCUGUCCACACCAAACACCACAUCCAUCACAUCCACACCGACACCGACGACGACGAAGACAACAGCAAUUCAGAUGAACGGAACCGACAGAUGGUUGCCCUCCAACCGGACGACGACGACGACCACCACUUCGUCCACCACUGGAACGAUGACGACGACGACCACAACGACGUCUCCGUCUUUCCGUCGAGUGCUCCCGAAAUAAUGAUAGAAACCACUCCAACGACCACUAAAAAGAGGAGAACAGCUUCAAAUCUGAAUUCCGGCACAAAGAGAGGCAACAAAAGGUCGGCCCAAAGCGGCACAACAUUACUCCAAUCGUCGCAACAAAGGUCUGGCGGCUCUUCCAAUCGGAAAUGGGAACAAAAACAGGUUCAGAUCAAGACAUUGGAGGGAGAGUUCAGUGUCACGAUGUGGGCCACCGGAACCGACGAGGGUAUGGCUUAUUACCCGUUCUUUCGUUUGACAGUCUAUUAUAUAUUGAAUUUGAUGUGUAUUUUAGAGGAAAUAGUGACCGCAAAUAUGGACGACGAUCUCUCCUCCUCUUCACACUCGCAGUUAAAUAUCAAUGAAUACGUGACCGGAAUUAAGAAGAUUCCCCGCGAAGGCAUCCCUGGGGUCGACCUCUCAGACCCCAAACAAUUGGCUGAAUUUGCAAAAAUGAAACCAAGAAAACAAUCGCUCGAAGACGAGUCGCGUACCAUUGCGUGCCCUCACAAAGGGUGUUCAAAGAUGUUCCGAGACAACAGUGCAAUGCGUAAACACCUGCACACUCACGGACCACGAGUGCAUGUCUGCGCCGAAUGCGGCAAAGCUUUCGUCGAAUCGAGUAAAUUAAAAAGACAUCAAUUGGUGCAUACCGGAGAAAAACCAUUUCAGUGUACAUUCGAGGGCUGCGGCAAAAGGUUUUCAUUAGACUUUAAUCUCCGGACACACGUCCGCAUACAUACGGGGGACCGGCCAUACGUGUGUCCGUUCGACGGGUGUUCCAAGAAGUUCGCUCAGUCCACAAAUCUCAAGUCGCAUAUCCUGACGCACGCGAAGGCAAAGGCGAACCAACAGCAGAGAAUCACGACAAUGGAAAUCCCCAUUUCGUCGCCCUCUGGAGCGCAAUCCAAUAUACCAGACGUGGGCACCGAAUGCUUCGUCAUCGCCACCACCGAUGACGGCAUUGUUCUUCAGUAGUCUGUUGUCUAAAUCAUUGAUUCUAUAAAUUUAUUACUAUUUAAUAAUAAUUAUAUUAAUAAUAAAAAUUUUCAAUAUUUGA